AUGGCCAUCAAUGCUAUCAAAACACUCACGGGGCCCCGGAUAUUGGCCAUGGCGACGCUUUUGCUCGACUACGGCGCCAACCUGGAGGCCAAAGUUGAAACAGGAGCAACACCGCUACGGAAGGCCAUCGACGGAAUGGUAUCUGCCAACGGGAAAAUUGGUCGUGGAUCUGAACCAGGCCGGUUCAAUAUGCUAAUAGAGAAAGGUGCAGAUCGAUAUGUCGCGGACAACGCAGGUAUUCGUAUCGAAGACCUUAUCGAUCCAAACUACUGGUUCUUCGAUGAGACAGGUAGACUGGAAUUGAAAUCGAUUCAGACCAUCACCAAGGAACCGCAUGUGAUUUAG